CCCCGGAAGACGGGCGCGUUGGGAGCUUUGGCGAGAGGCAGCCGCGUCCGCCGGCGGAGCUCCAGGGUGGGGUUGCAGCAGAAAUGGAUUUUGAAGCAGUUACAAAGUACUCAAAACUUCACACCAAGCCUCCAGGACUUUCUCUUCAGUAUGGGACAGCUGGAUUCCGCACCAGGGCAGAAAACCUUGAUCACACAAUGUUUCGGAUGGGCUUGCUAGCUGUGUUGAGGUCCAAGCAGACAAAAUCCACCAUUGGCGUUAUGGUUACAGCCUCUCACAAUCCUGAAGCAGACAAUGGUGUGAAGUUGAUCGAUCCUUUGGGUGAAAUGUUGGCACCGGCUUGGGAAGAACACGCCACGCACUUGGCCAAUGCAGAAGAGCAUGAGUUACAAUGUGUGCUGACUGACAUCUGCCAGAAGGAAGCAGUGGACCUUCAGGUUGAUGCCUUCAUUGUUAUUGGCAGAGACACCAGACCUAGCAGCAAGAAGCUUUCGCAAUCAGUAAUUGAUGGUGUGUCUGUCCUCCGAGGUCAAUACCAUGACUAUGGCUUAGUAACAACACCGCAGCUGCAUUACAUGGUUUGUUGCCGAAACACUCAUGGCGACUAUGGGACGGCGACAGUGGAAGGCUACUAUCGAAAACUCUCCAAGGCCUUUGUGGAGCUAACAAAGCAGGCUACCAGCCAAAGGGACGGUCAUAUGUGCCUGAAGAUAGAUUGUGCAAAUGGCAUAGGGGCUCUAAAACUUAAAGAAAUUGAAUGCUACCUUCCGGCGUGCCUUGUAAUGCACAUAGACAACAAUGGAGCUAAAGGGCAACUCAAUCACCUGUGUGGGGCUGAUUUUGUAAAGGUCCAUCAAAAGCCUCCUGUGGGUCUAGAAAUGAAGCCUGGCGAGCGAUGCUGCUCAUUUGAUGGCGACGCUGACCGAAUUGUUUACUACUAUAUUGAUGCUGCUGGCCGUUUUCAUCUUCUAGAUGGCGAUAAAAUAGCAACUCUAAUUAGCACUUUCCUUAAAGAACUUCUGGUCAAGACUGGUCAAACCUUAACAUUUGCAGUCGUACAAACAGCCUACGCCAAUGGGAGCUCUACGCGUUAUUUAGAAGAAACCAUGAAGGUGCCUGUCCACUGUGCCAAAACUGGAGUGAAGCACUUGCAUCACAAGGCGCAGGAAUUUGACAUAGGCGUUUAUUUUGAAGCAAAUGGUCAUGGCACAGUAUUGUUUAGUAAAGUGGCUGAAAAGAAGAUUAGAUACCAGGCAGAAGAGGAAAAAGACAACCGAAAAAGAGAAGCUGCAAAAAUGCUUGAAAACACGAUUGACUUGAUAAAUCAGACUGUUGGUGAUGCUAUCUCAGACAUGCUUGUGAUUGAAGCAAUCUUGGCUUUGAAGAACUUCACGGUACCGCAGUGGGAUGCCAUGUACACAGAUCUUCCUAACCGGCAACUCAAAGUGAAGGUUGCUGACCGACGCGUCAUUGACACUACGGAUGCUGAAAGACGGGCCAUUGCGCCCCCCGGGCUGCAGGAGGAAAUUGAUGACCUCGUCAAGAAGUUUAAAUCGUCUCGAGCUUUCGUUCGCCCAUCUGGAACGGAAGAUGUGGUCAGAGUCUACGCUGAAGCCGACACCCAGGAGAGUGCAGAUAAGCUGGCGCAUGAAGUCAGCUUGGCUGUCUACCAUUUAGCAGGGGGAGCUGGAGAACCACCCAAGGCUCUUGCUUCAUGAAGCGCCGUUCUUCAAGUUGACCCUUAAACUCUCCCCCUUUCUUGUGCUGUUGCUAUUCCUUCACCUUUGCCAAAUAAACCUUUACUAUUGAAAAGAGAUCAUCUCCAUUACAA